UGUAUGUAUAUAACAUAUAUAAUAUAUACAUACACACGUAUAUACAUAAACACGUAUAACCCUCAUAUACCAUAAUACACGUUCAUAUACCACGCAAACACAAUCGCCAUAGUUAACCACGUUUAACUUUAACUAUGCUCGCACGCUCGCCCACAAUAUGUCCCACCUCGGCCAUCUUAGACCGGUUCUGACCAGAAAAAAGAUCGGGUCGGUCUAAAGCAGAUAUCAAGGAAACCACGUAUGAGUCAAGCAAAGUAAAGAAAGCAAAGAAAGCAAAGAAAGCAAAGCAACCAGGAUAAACUAUUCCAUAUUCAUAAUUCAUAUUCAAUAAGCUAUAAGCAAUAACCUUUUAUAAGUCAAUACUAAUAACAAAUGUGGUAAACAUUAUGAGUAGAGAGUCCAGUCCUAAUUAUUCACCAUCACCUUCGCUAUCUUUUAAUCAAAAUUUAUCAAAAUUAUCAAAAGAUGAUAUUAUUAAACGAGAUAUAUUUGGUAGAACAAUACUUCAUUUAUUAAUUUUAUGUAAUAGAUAUGAUCUUUUAAGAAAUUUAUUAAAAAAUAAUGAAAUUAAAUCUUUACUUAAUCUUGUAGAUUAUGAAAAUGGAUGGAAUUGCUUACAUUAUUGUAUUUAUUUUAAAAGAUUAAUAUGUUUUAAUAUUUUAAUUGAAUUUUAUAAGAAUUGUUCAAAAAUUAAUUUAAGUAUUUCAAAUAAUAAUUUAUUAAUGGAAUGUUUAAGAUAUAAAGAUAGAAAUGGAGUUGCACCAAUUCAAUUAUUAGGUAAUGAUUUUAAAGAUUUAAAAUGGAUACCUCAAUAUAUAAAUGAAAAGAAUGAAUUUCAUAUAGCUUAUAGAUUUGGGACACCAAUUGAGGGAUCUAAUGAUAUAAAAAAUGAUGUAAUAGUUAAUACCAAUAAUACCAAUAAUAAUAAUAAUAAUAAUAAUAAUAAUGAAAAUAUUCCUAAUAAGAAAAGAGAUUCUAAUAGAAUAUCACAAAUAUCUUGGAAUCCUAAAAGAGGUGGAUCGGAAAUUUAUCUGUUUGGAUCUAAUUCUAAUAAUCAACUUGGAGUAGGAGAUUCAAGAGAUAGAUCUUUACCUACAAAGAUAAGUCAUGAUAUUUUUAAAUUUAAAACCAAUGAAACUGAUUCAAUUCAAGGAGCUCUUAAAAAGCCUCGAUAUAAACAAUUUUCAAUUUCUAAAAAUCAUUCAUUAAUUAUAACUCAUGAAGGUGAAUUAUAUUCUAGUGGAAUAGGAUCUAGAGGUCGAUUAGGUCAUGGAUUUAAUGAUGUAAAUGAUUCAUUUAAAUUUAAAAAAAUUGAAUUUUUUAAUAAUGCAAAUUUAUCAAUUCGAGAAGUGGCCAUAUCAAAUAAUCAUUCAAUUGCUUUAACAACUGAUAAUAAAGUAUAUGCGUGGGGAUUAAAUAGUUUCCAUCAAUUAGGAAUUGAAUCAGAAACUUCAAUUAAAUAUAAUCAAACUAAAGGAUUUUUAGAAACUUUUGAAUCAAUUCCAACACUUGUUCAAGGAGAUUUAAAAAAAAAUUAUAAUCAUAUAAUUGGAAUUUGUGUAUCAAAAGUUCAUUCAGUGGCAUAUACCAAAAAUGAAAUAUUCUUUUGGGGUUUAAAUAUUGGACAAAUGGGUAUACCAUCAAUUAAGGGCAAUGUUGAAGUUAAAUUAUCUGAUCAAACUUUUAAAGGAGAAAUUCAAAAUUUUCCAAAAUUAGUUCAACUUCGAGAUGAAAUUAAAAGUAUUGAUACUAAUGAAUUAUGUACUUGUGUGGUAACAAUUAAAAAUGAUAUACAUAUUUAUUAUAAUUAUCAACAUUUUAAAUUACCAAAAAUUCCAACUAGUUCAAAUUCUGAUAAACAUUUUGAUAUAUUUAUUCCUACAAAAUUAACUCAAGCUGUUGGAAUUAAAAAAGUUGUAACUCGUAGUAUAAAUUAUUGUGCUUUAUUAUUAGAAAAUGGUAGUGUAUUAAGUUUUUCAAUUAAUAAUAUUAAUGAUAUUAAAAAUAUAAAAUAUUCAUCGGUUUGGAAAGGUUAUGAUCAUGAUAUGUUAGCUACAGAUAUAGAUGUUUCAAGUGAUGGAUCUAUUGUUUUAUGUACAAGAAAUGGAUCAGUAUUUUUAAAAUCAUCGGUAUCAUCUCAAAGAAAAAAUUCAAUGUCUUCAGCUUCUUAUUUACCUUCAACUCAAAGUAAAUUUAAAAGAAUUGAUAAUUUAAAUAAAAUCGUUAAAGUUUCAUGUGAUAUAAACUUUUUAUCAUUUGGAUUUAUAAGAGAUGAUAUAGAUAUUUUACCAUUAAAAUUACAAAAGAAUGAUUUUUUUAAAGAUAUUGAAUAUUUAUGUCCAUUAAUUGAUUCAAGUUCAAUUAGAAAACAACAUCAAUUACUUCAAGUUAAUCAUAAAUUUCAUACUUAUAUAUCUAAUUUUUUAUAUCCUAAUGAUUCAUUAAUUAAUGAACUUAUUGAUGAUGAUGAUAAUGAAGAUACUUUAAUAGAUAAUGAAUCGGAUAUUAUUCAAUUUGAUUUAUUAAAGGUUCAAUAUGAUGAUAAAUUCGAUAGAAAUCGAAUGAAACGAGAAAAAUUAAUUAAUACCCUUGAUACUGAAUCUGAAUCUGAAUCACUUAUUGGACUUUUACAAUCUGAUUUACCUUAUUUACUUCAGAAAUUUAAUAAGAAUAAUCAUUUAAUUAAUGAUAGUGGUAAAUCUUAUGAUUGUUAUAUAAAACUUAAACAUUAUCCCGAUACAAUUAUUGGGGUUCAUAAACAUAUUUUAGAAGUUAGAUCUCGAAUAUUUUUUAAAAUUUUAAAUCCUGAACAUGAAGGUGAUUAUUUUAUUAGUGAAUCUUAUAAAGUAACUUAUGAUUCAAUUAAUAAUAUAAUCGAAUUUCAUAAUGAUUUAAGAUUUGAAUCAAUUUUAUUAUUAGUAUAUGCCGUAUAUACAAGUAAAAAAAUUGAUAUAUGGUCAGGAUUUACUUCAAGACAAACUUAUCCUCCACAUUUAAAACAAAUCUUUCAAGAAUAUUCUGAUUUAUUAAGUAUUUUUCAAAUAUCUAAUUCAUUUGGAAGUGAAUUUACUAUUGAACAAUAUAUGGAAUCAUUUAAAAGUAUAUUAGAUAAAGAUUCUGGAGAUGUAAUAGUUAAAUUAAAUGAUGGAUUUAUUAGAUGUCAUUCAUAUAUUUUAAAAGCUCGAUCAGCCUUUUUUGAAACGGUUUUAUCAACUAGAUGGGAUAAUGAAUUAGAAUCUAAACAAUUAGAUUUUACUGGAUUAACAAAAUUUCAAUUUAAUAUAAUUUUAAGACAUUUAUAUGGUUAUAAUGAUUUUGAAUUAUUUGAUUGUUUUGGUUAUGAUUUUUAUGAUCAAGAUGAAUUUAUUAAUGAUAUUUUAGAAUUAAUUGAAAUUUCUGAUGAAUUAUUAUUAUUUCAAUUAAAAUCUUUAUGUCAACUUGCAAUAAUUGAUUUUAUAUCAUUAGAUAAUGUUAUGGUAUUAUUAAUUCAUGCAGAUUAUUUAUCAGCUCCUAAAUUAUUUAUGAAUUGUUGUUGGUAUAUUUAUAAUAAUUUAGAAAUAUUAUUAUUUGAUUCAUCUAUAAAAGAUUUAUCUCUUGAUGUUUUAAAAAAAUUAGAACAUCAAAUAAAUUAUUUUCAAAAUUGUAAAAUUCUUGAUUUUGCUAAUGAAAAGGGUGAACUUAAUCAAGAAAUGUUAAUUAAUUCAUUUGAAAUUGAUUCAAAUGGUUUAUUAACUACUUUCUUAAAUGAUAUAAAUUCAUUUAAUGAAUAUUUUAUAAGUGAUAGAAAAGGUUGUUUAGCAUUUGAACCAUUAAUUGAUUGUAAAUUUGAAAUUAAAAAGGUUUCUAAAGAUCCUAUUAAAAAGAAAAAAUCUCGAAAGAGUUCUAAUCUUACUAAUGAUAUAUUAAAUUUUAGAGAAACUAUUUCAAAACAAAAAGGUCCUCAAAUUAUUAGUCCAAUAGCUAUUGAUGAUAAUGAUGGAUUUGAAGUUGUUCUGAAUAAACAAAGAAGAAAAUCAAAGGCUUCUACUAGUACUGCUACUUCUACUGCUACUUCUAUUGUUUCAAGUCCUUCUCCAACUCCACCAAAUUCAAUUCCUCCUUCAAGAAGUUCUUCAGUUGUAAAUGGUAUGAAUUCUUCAAUUUCAACUAAACCUCCAUUAGAUCCAAUACCAAUUACAAAACCAAUUAAAGUAUCUGGUCUCAGUCCAUUUUCAAAUUGGGCUUCUAAGAAUUCUUCAGGUUCUCCCAUACUUAAUGAAAAGUUCCAACCUAUAUUAGGUAAACCUGCUGAAAUUACAACCAAUGGAGAUUGGAAUAAAAAGACAUUAAAGGCAAAAAUUGGGCCAGUGGUUAAAUUAUCUCAAAAGGAAAGAAAAAGAUUGGCUGCAUCAUCAUUAGAAGAUCCUCAAUCACAAUCACAAUCAGAAUCCAGUAAAAUAUCAGGAAAUCCCUGGGCUAAACAAGUAACUCAAACAAUUAAUGUUGGUACUAAUUUAAAUGAUCUUCCAGUAUUAGGAAGUAGUUCAAGUUCUACACCAAUUGCACCUAAAUUAAAACCAAUUAAUAAUGGAAAAUCAUCUAAUUCUAGUUCAAUGAUGUCAAGAAAGGGUUCAUCUUCUAGUACUGGAGGAGUGGGAAGUUCUAUUCAAUUUUCAUCUGUGGCAUCAGUGAAUGGGAAUGUAAGACUUGAUGCAGAAUUUAAUAAAGUUUAUUCUACUCCAUCAUUAACUGAAGUUAUGAUUCAAGAAUCAUUAAGACUUGAAAGAGUUAAAUUAGAAGAAUCUCAACGGAAAACUUUACUGGAAAUUCAACAAGAAGAAGAAUUUGCUAAAUGGUGGGCUGAAGAGUCUAAGAAAGUUCAAAAACAAAUGGGAUUAAAUAAAGAAGACAAUAAUAAUAAACCUAAAUCUUCUAAUCGAAAGAAAUCAAAUUCUAAUAACACUACUCUGUCAAAGAAUGGUAAUGAAAGUCAUGGUAAGAAAUCUAAAUCUCAUACAACUAAAAAAGAUAAGAAACCUGCUACAGAAUCAGUUUCAUGCUGAUAAUUUAUUAUAUAUAAACUAAACUAAACUAAACUAUUUAAUGACUA